UGGUAAUGGUGACAGUGAUGGUGGCGGCAACAAUAGGAAGGAUCUGGAUGAGCUAGCUGAUGUCAAAGCCACUUUGGCCUCCUAUUCUGGGAGAGCUAAACACAGAUGCCCUGUUUGGUUCUGGGCACAGUGACAUCCAGUGUAGCCCUUGCGUGCUCUCUGCUUGGGAGAGUCUUCUCUCAGAGAGGGGCAGGACUUGCUGCCUCCCUUUACUCAGGUGCUCCUUCAGUACAGGAUCUUCCCUGCCUUCAUCUACCUUGUUCCUAAAGCCUACCUUUUUAAAAUUCUGAAGGUUAGCUGGUUGACUUGUUGGGGGUUCGUUGGUGGGCUGACUGGUUAGUUUAUCGGUAGGUUUGUUGGUUGGUUGGUGAGUUUGUUUUGUGGGAUUUGUUGGUAGAUUUGUUGGUUGGUGGGUUUGUUGGUAAGCUUAUUGGUUGGUGGGUUUGUUGAUUGGUGGAUUGGAUUAAUGUCCAUUUGCUCCCUCCAUGGAGAUGUGAGAGUCAUGAAGGCAAGUACAGAAUCCCACAGGUUCCCCAUAGAAUCGUGGGGAAUCUUAGACCCAGAGUCUGGGAGACAUUCAGUAAAUUCUGUGCAGUUCUGUAGCUGCUGCUGGUUCCCUGUCUGGCAGGCUCACAUUAGGCUGGGCAGGUGGUCUCUAGGCCUGCUUAUCCCUGACAUUCUACUCUGAGCAUGAGUUAAAGAAGAGGUACCUGAGGUCCAGAAAACACAGGAGCACUUCCUGUGACCUGUUCUGGCCAAGAAUGGUCUCAAUGGCUUUGUCUAGUGUCAUUUGACGUUGAAUAGUGGUCGUGCUCAGGGCCCAGGUGCUUCUGAAAGGGGCCUCUGCACGUCAGGAUGCUCCACCACCUGGAUGAUCCCCAGAGCUGUACUCAGUACAGCUGAUGACCAGUACAGUCAGCAUGAGGGUUUUGAUGGCUACACUAUUAAGGGCUUGCUGUGGGCUGAGCACUUCCCCUGCAUCCUCUUGUUCAACCCUCUUGGGGGUAGUGUUUACUCCAUCUUUACCAUCAAGGAUACAGGGAACCCAGGAAGGGGAGAGACUUAGGUAGCCUAGGGCUCGCUGCUGGUGAACAGUGCAGCCUGGAUUUGAAUGCCAGCAACUUAGCAGUGCUCUGCUUAAAGGAACUAGGCUGGCCUCAAAGAAAUCAGCCCCAAAAGCCCACUCAGCUCCCUCACCCCAGGUUUCUUGAGGCUGCAGGAUGCACAGAAUUGACCUGAUGCCCAGUUACAGCCUGGCGCUCAGAGGAAGCCAGGCUCCUCCAAUAAUUUCCUGAGGCUGAAGUUUAAGAUAUAAUUUUACCAAGAUGGUUCCUAGAAAAUGUUUUAGUGGGAAGGGUAACUGAGUGCCAAAAUAUCACUCACAUUUUAGAAGCUCUGGUUUACAUAUCUAGCAGUAUUUAACAACAAUCUGUGUGCUUUAGGCCACGAGAUCUUGCAAAACUCAGGGCACCAGGCCCUGGCUAGUCACCUUUUCUUGAGGGACCAAGAGUUCAUGGCUGGUCCAGCUCUUUGUCCACAGAACAGAGCUGGAGGGGGAUCUCUGACAAGCUCUGUCUGCAAAUCUAGACACUUCCCACGUCUCACAGUGAUUGAAUCACAGGGGCUCAAAGAUGUGCCAAUAAUUGCACAGGCUGCCUGGGAAAACAAGGCGGGGGCACCGGCGUGGCUUUUGUGGGAUUAAGCAAUGUCUUGCGUGGGAAGUAAACUCCCAGGCCCUCAGUGAAAUAAUUUCCUUCCCUUCCCCUGAUGACUGUUUAAAGUGGGUCACAUCCGCAGUAACGUUUAUUGGUUAUGAAAAUGGUCUCUCACUUCAUCCCAAAGGAAUAUACUUACAGAAUAUAACCUCUGUAGAUUAAAGAAAGGAAAGGAACCCUGGGUAAAAUCAGAUGAAGCUCUGGAUGGGUGUUGGCCACAGAGUUGUUUUAGCUAUAAACACAGCAGCCCAAGGUGAGGAGAAAUGCCCAUUUCAGCAAAGUAGGGCCAAAUAUUCCCAAAAAACAACACUAUUCUCCCCUAUACCCUUCCUCAGAGCCCCCCAAAACAUAAAUACAGCAAUCCAGCUUUUCCCAGAGAAGCUUUGUCAUUAGUGACAGGGUUCAGAGCAUGUGGCCUGGCAGCCUGCGGGCAAAUCAAGGUGAGCUGGCUCAGGGCUGUUCACUCUUCUCCCCCAGCCCCUCUGAUGGACUGUCAGGCCAGCCACAUGAGCCAGGUCAUCUAUCUGUGGGGGCACCUUCCCCUUUGGGACACUAGGCAGUUUCAUUCUGUCACGGAAAUGUAUGUUAGAAAUAUUUUCAAGUUAAGAGGAAGAAGACUGGAAUGAAAGCUGACAGACUGCAGAGCCUAGGCUGCUGGAUCUGUAGGGCUGUCUGCAAGUGACAUGCCAGGGCCCCCAAAGCCUGGCUCAGUCGUGUCCUCUUUCAGAGUGGAUGCCAUGGUGGACCUGUUGGACAUGGACCGUGUGAAGAGGUCGGGCUCCAUGGAGCAGAGACUGGCCUCUCUGGAGGAGCAGGUGGCCCAGACAGCCAAAGCUUUGCACUGGAUUGUGACAACCCUGAAGGACAGUGGCUUUGGCUCAGAGGCAGGCAUGCCCACUCUGGCACCCCAAAAGGCCUGUGAUGAGACAGAUGCCGAGUUGGGUGCCAGGAGGAAGGUGGAGGAGCCGGGCGAUGGCUACCACGUGAAUGCCCGGCACCUCCUCUACCCCACCUCCCCUGUCACGCGUUUCCCCGUGCCCAACGAGAAGGUGCCCUGGGAGGUGGAGUUUCUGAUCUACGACCCCCCCUUCCACACGGCAGAGAGGAAGGAUGUCGUACUCAUGGACCCUGUGGGAGACACUCCAGAACCGCUGACGAAGACCCAUUACAACAUCCUGGAUGGACUGACAGACCGCCGCAGCUUUCAUGGGGUCUAUGAGGUCCAGGAUGGACUCCCCCUGAACCCCAUGGGCCGCACAGGGCUGCGUGGACGCGGGAGCCUCAGGUGGUUUGGACCUAACCACACCCUGCACCCUGUGAUUACCAGGUGGCGGAGGAAUCAGGAUGGGGCCAUCUGCAGGAAGAGCAUCAAGAAGAUGUUGGAGGUGCUGGUGCUGAAGCACCCCAGCUCGGAGCACUGGGCCUUGCCAGGAGGAUCCCGGGAGCCAGGGGAUAUGCUGCCACGGAAGCUGAAGCAGGUCCUCCGGCAAGAGUUCUGGGCAGCCUUUGAAAACCUGUUGAUGCAGGGCACAGAGGUGUACAAAGGGUACAUGGACGACCCGAGGAACACGGACAAUGCCUGGAUUGAGACAGUGGCUAUCAGCAUCCACUUCCCGGACCAGAACGAUGUGGAACUGAAGAGGCUGAAUUCUCACCUGCAUCCCUGUGACCCUGGGGUGUCCGUGCGAUGGCAGGUGGUGGACAGACGCAUUCCACUAUACGCAAACCACAAGACCAUCCUCCAGAAAGCAGCUGCUCUGUUUGCUGCUCACUACUGACAUGGACUCUCGUGGGCAGCUCCUCAGGUCAGGUGAGACCAGUCCGUCCACCCCUGCCCCUUCCCUGUCUAAGAUUUGGGUUGCUCUCCUGGCAGUCCACACAGGACUCAGGCCAACACCUGCUGCCAGAGGCACACACAGGCAGCCCUGGAUCUUGGGCAAGGGAGGGGCUGCUGCCAGCACUGCCACCACCCCUCAAGGUCACCACAAGUUGGCUGGCCAGACCAGCUGCUGAACUGGAAGCAUCAAGGCAGGGCACCCCUGGAGGAGAAGGGCCACGGGGCCCUCAUCAGCCAUCGCCUCCUCUCCCAGCCCCUCGCAGCCUUGGCCCUCAGUGGGGUCCAGUCCUUUCUUGAUCAUGAGUGGCACAUCCCCCCCUGGAGGUGUUUGCCUAAGGCUGAGCUUCCUGGGGAAUUGGGGUCCUCUGUGGCCUCUUCCUGUUCAUGCCUGUGAGGACUUGGGAAGGUGACCUGCCUUGCCCCUGAGAUGGCCUCCUUUAUCCAGAUGUGACCUUAUGAGGACCCUGGCCCAGGGUGAAGGCACCAGGUGACUGCCCUCACCAUCAGGAUUGGGCUCCCCAGUGUGGGGCAGGAGCCCAGGCAAGCUGGGCUUCUCUCACAGGCAGACGUGACCUUCCUUCUGGGCCCACAGCAGCACGGAGAGGUGGGACUCUGUUUCCAGGCCUCCCUGGAGCCAGCAGAGCUCUGUCAGGACAUGGGGCCUCCUGGUUUGGAGUCAGUGACUCAGAAACAGAAGCUGUCAGAAGGAAUGGAAGGGAACAAUGUAAAAAUCCAAGACCGCAUAUCUUAGCAGGUCUCAGGCUCUCCUGGCCAGCCUUCCUGCAUUUCCACAAAUAAAGUUACUGAUAUGUCCUGUGGCUGGGGCUGUGAUUGGGCCUCUAAACUUCUCUUGUGGCCCGCAGGGGGCAUCCUGUGGUCCCUUCUAUGGGUACCUCCCAUAGAGGCCCUGCAGGCCCCUCUGGCUCCAACUUUGCUUUCUCCUCUGACCCCCGUCUUCAGGUUCCAGCAUCCAUCCUGAACCCCCCAAGCUGGGGACUUGGCACCCACGCACCCUCUCCCUGGCCCCACAAAUGGUGUCUACACCCCCGUGGACACUGGCACUAUGUGGUCUUUGGGUGUCGCUGCCCUGUUUUCAGAGCCCAGGGUCUGGCCUGGUUACCCAGUGCCAUGAAGGCGAGGGCCGUGCGUGGUGUGGUGGAGUGGGGAGGCAAAAGGCACUUCAUGGACUGGCACAGGGCCCUGCUGAGUCUCGCCUGCAGACUCGUUCAUAUGUGGGAAAUGAAUACACACUGGUGUACACUGUCAUGGCAGGAGCCAACUGAUUUUAACCUGAAAUACUGACUAAACCUGCAGCCAACCAAUUUGAACUGAAUCUUUCGAUAACCUAGAACCACUAGACCUUGGAGGAAACCAAAACUAUCAGAAAGAGGCAUCGAAGCCAGAACUGGUUUUGUAGAAGCCAAAAGAGCUCUCUAGAAAACGGCGAUAAGU